AUGCAGACAAAGUUCGCCGCCCUCCUCGCCCUCGCGGCCGCCGCCCGCGCCCAGCAAGUCUGCACCUCGCAGGCCGAGACGCACCCGGCCCUCACCUGGCAAAAGUGCGCCGCGGGAGGCACCUGCACCAACGUCGCCGGCUCCGUCGUCCUCGACUCCAACUGGCGAUGGGCGCACACCGUCUCCGGGUCGACAAACUGCUACACGGGCAACGCGUGGAACAGCACCCUCUGCGGAAGCGGCCAAGGGGCCGCCUGCGCCACCAACUGCUGCGUCGACGGCGCCGACUACCCGGGCACCUACGGCAUCACCACCAGCGGCAACGCCCUCAACCUCAAGUUUGUCACGACCCACGCCUACGGAAAGAACAUUGGCAGCCGUGUCUAUCUCAUGGAGUCGGAUACGAAAUACGCCAUGUUUACUUUGCUCGGCAACGAGUUCACCUUUGACGUGGAUGUCUCCAACAUUGGCUGCGGCUUGAACGGCGCUCUGUACUUCGUCUCCAUGGACGCUGACGGUGGUCUUUCCAAGUUCUCCACCAACAAGGCUGGUGCCAAGUACGGCACCGGUUACUGUGACUCGCAGUGCCCCCGCGACGUCAAGUUCAUCAACGGUGUUGCCAACGUCGACGGCUGGAACCCAUCCAGCAACGACGCCAACGGUGGCGUCGAGGCCAACAAGAUCUCCACGGCAUACACCCCUCACCCCUGCCUAAACAGCGCCUACCACUCCUGCACCGGCAACGCCUGCGGCGGAACCUACUCGACGGACCGCUACGCCGGCGACUGCGACCCCGACGGCUGCGACUUCAACUCGUACCGCCAGGGCAACAAGCUCUUCUACGGGCCCGGCGCCGGCUUCACCCUCGACACGACCCAAAAGCUCUCCAUCGUGACCCAGUUCCUCAAGGGCUCCGACGGCGUCCUCUCGGAGAUCAAGCGCUUCUACGUCCAAAACGGCAAAGUCGUGCCAAACUCCGAGUCCACCAUCGCCGCCAAUCCGGGCAACUCCCUCACCACCGACUUUUGCACAAAGCAAAAGCUCGCCUUCAACGACACGGACGUCUUCAAGGCAAAGGGCGGCUUCGCCCAAAUGUCCGAGGCCGUCGCCGCCCCCAUGGUCCUCGUCCUCUCCCUCUGGGACGACCACUACGCCAACAUGCUCUGGCUCGACUCCACCUACCCGACCGACGGCGCCGGCAAGCCCGGCGCCGAACGCGGCUCCUGCCCCACCACCUCGGGCGUCCCCGCCGACAUCGAGGCCAACGUGCCCAACUCGAGCGUCAACUUCUCCAACAUCAAGUUCGGCCCCAUCAACUCCACCUUUGCCGCCGGCAGCGUCGUCGUGCCCCCCGGCUCCGGUUCCACCACCGUUACCGCCGCCACCACCACCACCACUACUCCCCCAAGCACAAUCACCACCUCCGUCCGUACCUCCUCCACCGCACCCCCUACUGGCGGCACCGUCGCAAAGUACGGCCAGUGCGGCGGCCAAGGCUGGACCGGCGGCACCGUCUGCGUCUCUGGCAGCACCUGCACCGUCGUCAACCAGUGGUACAGCCAAUGUCUCUAG